UAGGCCAUACACCUGGCUGUCACACUUAGUGCGCCUACCUGUCACUUCCUGCUGUCUGUAUUUAUCCAUUUCACUACUUUGCCCAUCUAGAGAUGGCCUCCCACGUCACUGCCAUGUUCGGAUGAUAUUGUUUUUGUAGAUUACCGCACGGAUCUGCGGUCCUGCGGAUCUAUCGCUGCGACCUUGGCUUCACACUCGGCUGAAAGGAGGAGUUAAGCCGUGGACAGUGUCGGGAGAAAGACCGCUGGGAUUUAAUCAGUGACCGCGGCAGGACAACUGUGGAUGUGUUCUCUCUGCCGUUGUGCUGCGGCCGCAUGGAAGCGAAAGUGCCUGCUGUGAAGACAUGGAUGAAAGGUUAUGUGUGCUCCCCAGCUGAAGGUCUCUGUCUACCAGAGCACCCCCUACCUGUUUGAGCAUGUAUCGCAGGAACGGGCUAUCGAAUGGCAACAGCAUCAACUCCAUCACCUCAGAGGCCAGCAGCGCCUCUGACUCCCUGGAUGGGCCCUGUGUGGACUAUGCCAAGAGCUACGAUGCAGUUGUCUUCGAUGUGCUCAAGGUGACGCCCGAAGAAUUUGCUAGCCAAAUCACCCUAAUGGACGCUCCUGUAUUCAAAGCAAUACAGCCCGAGGAGCUGGCUAGUUGUGGCUGGAAUGGAAAGGAGAAGCACAGCUUGGCUCCGAAUGUGGUAGCGUUCACUCGGAGGUUCAACCAGGUGAGCUUCUGGUUGGUUAGAGAAAUCUUAACUGCCCAGACUCUGAAAAUCAGAGCCGAAAUAUUGAGCCAUUUUGUAAAAAUAGCAAAGAAACUUCUGGAGCUGAACAACCUGCAUUCUUUAGUGUCUGUGGUGUCGGCUUUGCAAAGUGCUCCCAUCUUCAGACUCAGCAAGACCUGGGCGUUGAUCAGUCGAAAAGAUAAGGCCACAUUUGAGAAGCUGAACUUUCUGACGUCUAAAGAGGAAAACUAUACUCGUAUGAGAGAGUACAUACGCUCGCUGAAGAUGGUACCCUGCAUACCCUACCUUGGGAUCUACCUGCUGGACAUGAUUUACAUAGACUCGGCCUAUCCUGCGUCAGAUAGCAUCAUCGAGACGGAGCAGAGAGCCAAUCAAAUGAACAACCUUCUGAGAGUCAUUUCAGAUUUGCAGAUGUCCUGUAACUAUGAUCACCUGGUGACCCUGCCGCACGUCCAGAAGUACCUCAUGUCUGUACGCUACAUCGAGGAGCUGCAAAAGUUUGUGGAGGAUGACAACUUUAAGAUCUCUCUGAAGAUUGAACCUGGAAACAGCUCCCCUCGCAUCGCUUCAUCUAAAGAGGACCUUGCAGGCCUUUCUGAGGUCUCUGUGUCCAUGAGAUACAGCCGACGGCCAACGUGUCCUGAUGCAUCUGUGGGUGUGCGCAUCCCCACACCCCCUCCAUCUCAUCACAGGAAGAGCCACAGCUUGGGAAACAAUAUGAUGUGCCAGUAUGGCAUGUCUGAGAGCCGCAGUGCCACAUUUCCCAUAGAGAAAGCACGCCACCUGCUGGACGACAGCUUCCUGGAAUCCCAGAGCCCCGUCAGAAACGAUCCACAUAGUACUUCAGUAUCCAAUGGCCUCUCACUCGGAAGCAGUGAAAGUUCUUUUGGUGAAGAAUUGUCUCCUGGAAUAGGAGAGAGGAGCCGCAUGUAUGCCACACUGGGCCCAAACUGGAGAGUCCCACUACGCACCUCGCCUCGCAGUCGGAGCUAUGUUUUCAGCUCAUCUCCUGGAAACUGCUACAACUGCUGUGAGGCCAGUAAUGUGACUAUAGAGGGCCCACUACGGAGGAAAACGCUGCUAAAAGAGGGGCGCAAACCAAAGUUGUCAUCCUGGACAAGGUUUUGGAUUUCUCUAUCAGGAUCAACACUCACUUUUUAUGGUGCGAAAGCACUUAGAGCCUCUGAGAGAAAACAUUAUAAGUCCAGUCCUUGUAAGAAGGUAUGUGUAACUGGCUGGAUGGUGGUACUACCAGACGACCCUGCCCGACCUAACAUUUUUCAGCUAAAUGACCCAGAUAAAGGCAAUGUUUACAAGUUCCAGACUGGAUCCAGGUUUUCGGCAAUCAUCUGGCACAAAAAUCUGGAGGAAGCAAGCAGAAGCAGCAAACCUCAGAUACCAGCAAACCUGAUGUCAUUUGAGUGAUGGUGAACUCGGCUUGGGGGACGUUUCUAUGCCAAAGCUGCUUGGACUGAAACAGAAGGGAUAAAGUGGACAGGUGAUGAGCAUCUUGUUUCACCUCUCAGAUGAAGCUGUGAGGUGCCCUGUGUGUAUUUGCUCCAAGUUUGUUGUUCACUGUUGACGUGAUGCUGCUGUGAAGAUGCGAGUGAGCGUCAUGGCCUGGCCCAUGUUGGGUUUCCGCUGAAGUGGGAGCACCUUCAGCACAUAUGCCUGGAGAACAGUGUUAGCUUAAGUGUGCCCAACAUCUGUGUUCAGUGUUAUUGAGACUCUGUUAUGAAACACUAAUGAUGUGAAUAAUAACAAACAAUUUUCUUAAAAUUGCAUUUCAACUAUCAUCUUAAGAAGGAGCAACAGUGAUAUCUGUUCUGCUCGGAAAAGCUAGUAUUGCAUUAAUAUACACAUAUUAAUGCAGUACUGGCUUUUCAGAGCAGGCUAAAGUAUGUUCAAAAAGCAAAAAGAACAAGAACACUGGAUAUCUAAUAUCUCAUGAGAGAAGGAAUUGUGUGUAUUUUCCCUUUGCUACCUCAGCCGGUAGUAGUCCUGAUGUAGUUUUAACUGAGGGAUGCUUAAUAACAUGGGACAUAGUGACACUAAAGAAAAAUAUAAUGGUUGAAAACCAUAACAAUAGCAAUGUCCAGUCAUUCUCAAAAUAACACAUUUUCAUGCUUGUUUGAACUAAAGCAAUUUACUAAAGAAACUAGCUUUUACAAUCAUGUCCUUGUAAAUACUGUAUUUAUUUUAAAUGCUUAUUUUGCAUAUUUGACAUACUAUAUGUGUAAAGGUACUUUCAAGUUCUAUCCUCUAGAAGGACAUUUUGGAGAAAAAAACUUUUAAAUGUAUGUCUGACCUGAACACAAAUUAGACCAAACAAAGUCUAAACAUUAUUCGUCUGCUGCAUCACAAUUUUACCAUUAAUAAAAGACGAUAUCACAAACUUCAACAUUAAUGUAGUAUAAAAUGCACUGUUUCCUUCAGUAUGGACACAGUUUCUUAAAUGUAUUUCACUGGCUGCGGUUACAUGGCUUUCAAAAUCUGAUAAAUAUCACAUUUUUUGAGUUAUAAGAUUAUGUAAAACUAAAAAGCAAAGUCAUCUAAUUUCCCUCUGAUAACUCACAUCAGAUUUUGCAGUUUACAUUCGAGAAAUCUUAAAGGUCCAGAAAUCAGAUUCUAAUCAGAUGUUGUGUGCAUGAGAACAAGGCCACUAAUGCUGUUACAGUCUUUAUCUAAUCUGAGCCAAAAUAUUAUACCUGCAAAGGCACUGUCAAUCAUUUAAAAUGUCCAGCAGUACUGAUUGCUAGAUGUCAAUGAAAAACAUAUGAAAUGUACUGAUCCUAUUUUUUCUAACUACAGAGACACCAACAAACAGCCCACAUGUUAUUUUUGAGGUGCUUGGCUAAUUCACUUGGUAUGACUGUAGGCUAUUACCAGUAUUGGAGUUUUAAUUUGCUUUGUUUUAAUAAUAAUACAUAUUUCUAAAAAAUGUGUAUGACAGUGACUACCGUGUUUUUAUUACUAUUAUCACUUGCUGCUCAAAUGAAAGAUCUUUCUUCGCAAGAUGUGUCAAGAAAAUGUUCUAGCAAAUGGUCCUUGUUUAUGAUCAAAUGAAAACUAUGAAGAUGAAAAAAAUAUAUCCAAAUGAAUCUGUGACUAGGCCUGGGCUGUACAAAUGUUCUGCACAGUUUGACUUUUUUAUUCUGAGCACUUUUAUGAGGCAUGUUGCUUCAAAUGUUUGUAAUCCAUUUGAACAGGCCUGUCAUUUUGACAUCCUGGAACUAAAUAAUGAAAUUGUUAGAGGAAAAAUACGUUUUACCAUUGAAACUCUCUAAACAUUAAUAAUGCUCUUGGAGCUGUUUUUCUUUUAGCUUUCAUUUGGUGUUUUAACCUGCCAAUCCAAUUACACAUGAUCUGCUCAGAUCUGUGUGUGUUGUAGUGACAAAUACUUGUCCAUGAAGUAUUGCUUUAAAAUGUGUUUACAUCAUUUUUUAUUAUUUUUAUAUAGUUUUAUAGUUUUAAUACACUUUGAUAUUAUCAAGUUCAGUUCAUGAGUAGCACCUGUACGUAAGUAAGUUUCUAGUGUCAUAAAUGAAAACAAACCACUGGAUUGUGUUGGAAUGUUUUUUGUUUUGUUUUUUCCUUUAAUUUAUUACAUAUAGCACUGCUUUUUGUGGUUGUAUUUUUCAGUGUCAUGAUAUUGAUUCUGAAUAAAAUGUACAGACAAA